GCCUGGUGCUUUGUGUUUUCUGACUGGAAGCGAUGGCCUAACUGUGUGAUAUCAAAUUAAUUCAUGAUUAGCCCUUGUUUAGGGCCGAAAAUGACUUAGCUCAUAUUAGAAUCAUGGUGUUUGAGUCGUAUAUCGUCGAUCUUUUGAACAAAUUCGCCGGCCAGUACUUGGAGAAUCUCGAUACUUCGCAACUGAGGCUCGGAAUCUGGGGAGGAGAUGUCCUACUGGAAAAUUUGAUUCUUAAGGAAAGCGCCUUAGAUGACCUAGAUUUGCCAGUCAAAGUUCUACGUGGCCAUUUAGGUAAACUGGUGCUGAAGAUACCCUGGAAGAAUUUGUACUCCAAACCUUUUGUUGCUCAAGUAGAUGGACUCUACUUACUUGUCAGACCAAAUACUGAUGUUAAGUACAAUGCUGAGAAAGAGGAAAAAGCCAAACAGGAAAGAAAGCAAAGACAGCUGGAAGCAGUGGAGCUGGCUCAGCAGAUUGAAGAGGAAAAGAAAAAACAGAAUGGGCAGCAAAAAGAUGAAAAGUCAGACAGUUUUGUAGAGAAGUUAGCCAUGCAGAUUGUCAAAAACCUUCAGGUCUCUGUUCGCAAUAUUCAUAUCCGAUAUGAAGAUUCUGUUACCAACCCUACUGCUCCAUUUUCCAUUGGUGCGACAUUGGAGAAUUUGUCAGCUGAGUCCACAGAUGAAAAUUGGGUUCCCUCAAUUGUUGGUGAAAGUGUGAAAAUUGUACACAAGCUUGUUAAACUUGACAGUCUUGCCUUGUACUGGAAUACAAAAGAUGAUAUUGGAAAACUGCCAACGCAAGAGGACUGGGUGAAUCAAGCCAAAGGUGGAAUAGCAAUCAGAAGAACAAAACAUUUCUCUCCUCCCGAUUUUAAAUACAUCUUACAGCCAAUCUCAGCCACCACUAAAGUGAAGAUGAAUAUGAAGCCAGGUUCUGAUUUGAGUAUCCCAAAGAUUUUCCUAAGCUUGGUUUUAGAAGAGAUAUCUCUAGUUUUGAUGAGAAAACAGUACCAUGAUAUGAUCGAGUUGCUGGAAUCCUUUGACAGAAUGACAACAAACUCUGUGUAUAGAAAGUACAAACCAAAUGUUCCUCUCCUUGGACAUGCUGCACAGUGGUGGAGUUAUGCAAUUACAAGCAUUCUUGAGGAAGAUGUAAGAAGGAGAUUAAGAAACUGGUCUUGGCCACACAUUAAGGAACACAGGGAUCUCUGCAGGAGAUACAAAAAUUUGUACAAGAAAAAGUUACUGGAAGACAACGCUUCUGAUUCAUUGUCAAAAGAACUAGAGGCACUCGAGAGCAAGUUGGAUGUGUUGAACAUCACCAUUUGUCGACGCCAGGCUGCCUACGAGGAAGCUGUGGCAUUGAUGAAAAAGAAGAAGAAAGCAGAAGAGAAGAAGAGUGGCAGGUGGUUUUCUGGAUUCUGGGGCUCUGGUAAAAAAAGAAAGAAAGAGGAGGAUAAACCAGAAAUUUUAACAGAAGAUCAGAAAAAAGAAGAACUGGAGAAAUUGUACAGUGCCAUUGGCUACAGUGAAGGAGAAACCAUAACAGCUUUCCCUAAGGAGUAUGUGGAAAAUAAAGUUGUGGUGAUUUUAAAACAGAUAAGUGUGGCUUUAAGAGAUGAUGCAGCUCCCAAGUCAGUUCAUGUUGCCAAACUGAGUUUCCAGGAUCUUUAUGCAGAGCUUUUCCAAAGACCAUCAGCAGAAGCAAUCAAGCUGUCAGCAAAGGUAGACCAAAUGAAGAUGUUCGGUUCAGCUGAUGUUGUAGAUGGAAAAAUGCCACUCAUGCUUACCUCUCAAGAUGAUAAAUUAGAAAGCCACCUUGCUCUUUUUAAUGCAUCCUUUGAGACUAACCCACUAGAUGGAAAGUGUGAUCAGAAAGCUAAAGUGACAGCUCAACCUGUCAAACUUGUGUAUGAUGCUAACACAGUGGAUCAUAUUGUCACUUUCUUUCAACCUCCAAAAGAUGUCCUUCUCCAGGAGCUGUCAGCAGAGGCAUACUCAAGACUAGAAGACCUAAAGUCAGUUUCCAAAGCAAGUCUGUUUUAUGCAAUUGAACACCACAAGAUAACAGAUGUGGAUGUGGACGUUAAGUCUCCAUUCAUCGUCAUACCAGAGGGAGGCACCCUUAAGAAGUCAGGCAAUGUGCUGGUCAUUGAUCUUGGACAUGUAAAAAUCACCAGUGAUCCAGAGCAAGAGAGGAUUGUAUCCACAAAGGAUCAAACUCUCUGGAACCCUUCCAACUGUGAAAGUUCAUGUGACUGAUGAGAAGCUUCUUCAGGUUAUAAAGCUUGCUACCAGCAUCCCAAUACCAGGAGGUAAAGGAGCUUCGGACCAAACUGACAAUAAACCAAUGGAUAUCCUUGGUGAAAAUCCUCGGUAUACAACUGCAAGGGCUCAUGAUGACGUCUCACAAUUGGGUGUUUUGGAAGGUGGCAGGGGAGAACGAGUUGAUGGAGCUGAGGAAAUGGAAGAAAUGUUCACGACACCACCUGAAACUCUUACAGGAGUUUCCAACCUUGAACAAGCUAAACUUGAAGAAAAAGAGGCUUUGGCGAAACAAGUUAAAGUUUCACUUCAGUUUGAGAUAGAAGAGAUAUCCGUUGAUGUCGACACCGUGGAUAGUGGAGGGAAAUCAAAGCCUUGUCUUGCGCUGUAUGUCAAAGGCCUGGGUACCACUGUGGUGAUGCAUCCUUGGGAUCUUUCAGCGAGUGCGUCCUUGUCUUCUUUGGUCGUAGCGGAGAUGAUUCAUGGACCUGGAGGAGGCCCUCUUUAUCUUGUGCAAACGCCUGUUGGGGCAGAGCUGCUCUCGGUUAAAUUUGUUAUGGUGGAAUCGGAACACCCAGAGUACAGCUCAAAAUUCAAGUCCACUAAGCAGUCUGUUGCUGUGGAGUUUUCUUCACUGCAAGUAAAGCUGCAUCAAGAAGCUCUGCUCAACAUCAUUGAUGUUGCAUUCAAAAUGGUGCCACCUAGUGAAGAGACUCCAGCCCUGCCAGUUGUGUCUGCUGACAGUGCGAAAACGGAAGACCAAGAUGAAAACAAAACGUCUGAGAUGGUUACAACUAAAGGCACAAAGAAGAAAGAUAGCAAAGAUGAAAUACAGAUUGAGGUGACAGCUAAGCUAAGCGGAAUCGAUGUUACAGUGACAUCUGUUGAGGGUGAUUUGACGCAUGUAAUUAUUGGAGAUUUGUCUGCCUCCUGUGUUGUUAGAGACAGCAGAACAGAUGUUAUUGCCAGUAUGAAAACUUUGUCAGUGAUGGAUUCCACUCCUGGGGCGUUCUAUCCGAAGAUAGUGUCCAUCGUGAACCAGGAGGUGUUUAGCCUUCAGGUUAUUGCAUACAAUGGUGCAACUGCUGGGGUCAAGUUUAGAGACAUGGAAGCUGUGGAUUUGAAGUUCCAGAUGGGAAUCAGUUGUAUCCGUGUCAUCUUCCUAAACAAAUUUGUGAUGAAGCUGCUGGACUUUUUGAACAAGUUUCAGCGGGCAAAAGAUGCCAUGGAGUAUGCUAGAAAAACUGCUGCUCAGUCAGCCAGUGCCACAAUUCAGAGUUUGCAAACCCAAAGCUUAAGAAUAAGCUUGAAUGUUUCUAUUCAAGCACCUCUGGUUAUUAUCCCUGUGAGUUCGACGUCUCGCGAUGCACUUGUCGCAAAUCUGGGUCAGCUUAAUGUGUCAAACACCUUCAAUCUUGCUCAUGGUGGGAAGGAUCCUGAAGGAAGUGAUGCUGUUGUUCUUGACAAGAUGGCGGUGGAACUUAGUUCUGUAAAAUUGUUGAGAGCUGUGAUGACUGAUGGAGAAACCAUAGGAGCGACCCAACUGGUCCUUGAACCAGCGAAUCUGACUGUUCUUGUGGCUCGAAGCUUGUCUCCUUGGUAUCACGAUGUGCCUAAUAUCGAUGUUGAGGGAAAGCUGCAUGCAGUUACGUUAUGUGCUGGUGAGGAUGACGUCAGAACUAUACUGGGGAUCUUGUUCAAGAAUCUCAGUGAAGGAGUCGCACCUCACUCAGAGGAUAUCACUCCCAUAGCACAAGAUAUAGUUGAUGCUGCGGGCGUUGCUAGUCAGAGCUUGAGUGUUGCAGAACCAGCUUCGAGUGAUGUUGUGUGGGACUUUGUGAGGUUUUCAUUCGAGAUUGAAGAAGUUUCAGCUGCAGUGUUCUUGAAGGAAAAGGAAAAGCCUAACGGCACCACGUCCUCUAGAAAUGCAGAAUGCUGUCUAGGGCAGUUGUCGCUGGCCCACGUGAAAGCCUCGGGGAGUAUCAAAUCCAACUCGGCAAUAUAUGCCAGUGUGACGUUAGAGAGUUGUAUUCUCGAUGACAAAAGGCCACAGAGUGAGGAAGGAGUAUCAAGGAUGAUUGAGAAGUUUACAGGUGGCUCAAGUGAUGUAGAGAACAUGAUCGAUAUUCAGUUCCAGCAAACUGCUGCUCAGGACAAAACAAUUGAGAUGGCAAUACAGAGUUUCAACGUGGUUGUAAACUUGGAGUUUCUUCUGGUUCUAUCUAACGUGUUUAUGUCAGCCCUGGCCACGGAGGAAUCAGAUAGUUCGUUAUCACCUGCCUCCCAACACCUAUCUCAGGGGGUUCCCGUUACACACCCAUCUGUCACUGUUGCGACCACUGAUGAAGAAUCUCCGCAAAUCAAUGUUCAGAUCUCCAUUAAAGACCCGGAAAUUAUCCUGCUAGCAGAUGGUAGAGACAAAAAUACCAAUGCUCUCUUCUUGAAGAGUACAAUAGAUUUCCGCUUUAUUCAGGCUUUUGGACAACAAAAGAUGUCAGGUUCUGUUUCAGAUGUUGUAAUUACCUCAGCAGCGUUUGACAAGGAGAGAAGAGCCUCAACCAAAUCCAGGGUCCUUCAGCUUUCGCAUAUAUCUUUUGUAAGCUCGGUACCAGAAGGCAGUAGCAUGCAUCUUGACGUAUCAACAGCAAUGGCUUACAUACACGUGUCACCUCCCACGAUAAGAACAUUAACAGCAUGUCUGAUGUCGUUAGCCCCAGCUAAGAAGGAAGAAGAUGAAAAGAAGGCAACUGACAGCGCCGUAGACCUAUGGAGUGAAAAGCCAAUUACCACUAAGGAUCGGUGGUAUUUAUUCCCCGUUCCUAAAGACCAGCUUGUUCCUGGGAGACGUGUGCUUGCCAGAUCUUUCAAUAACAUCAAGUUCUAUGAUCGGGGAUAUAUUUACAUGGCUACAGAUCAUAUGAUCGGUGUCCACUUUGACGGCGGCUUGCCAUGGGGCUAUGAUCCAAAUGACAUCACUGCUAUGGUGGUGGAUAAAAAUCCAGAUCCUAAAGCUCUCGUUGUUGGUACACGUGUGGUGGCCAAGCGUUCAAAGGUUUCAUCUCAUGUCGAGGGAAAAGUGAAAGAAAGAAAAGAGGAGGAUGGAAAAGAAAGCUAUUUGAUUGACUUUUGGGAUGGCAUCGAACAAUGGGACACUUUAGAUCAGAUCCGUAUUCUCACCACCAGCAAGCCGGGAGUUCCCAAAGGGCAGAUCGAAGUUUCAUCCAUCGUAUUUGUCAGAUUCAAAGACGACAUGUACAGGAGAAGUUUUGUCUCUAGCAAAACACACAGGAAGCUUGUGAUACGAUUAAUCGGUGAAGUGAUGACUCUCAGUGUGGACGCAAACGACAGUGCGGCAGUAGUACCAGAUGUCAUCCCAGAUCCGGCCCAUCUAACUGUUGGUAGAACAGUUAUUGCUACAGUUGACAUGGUUUUUUGGGAGGCGGGAAACAUUGUUCAGAUUCGGACACUAGACGAUUCAGGACAGGAUAUUUACAGAGUCAGGUUCAUAAAUGGCGGUGACGCGUGGAUUUUUAACAGCAACAAUAUCCGUAUCUUGAUGACAAGGAAACCCAAAGUUCCAGAAGGCAUUUUAGACGUAGGCACAGUGGUGUGGGCACAUACGUCCAAAAUACGUUACUACAAAGGAUUUGUUGCCUACAAAGGAACCAAACUGCAUGUUGAUCUGUACGACGGAGAUAAAUUUGUGUACGAAAUGAAAGAUGCAUCGCACAGAGUGAUACCUGACGUGCCACCAAAGGCAGCCGAUAUCAAACCUGGAACAAGAGUCAUAGCCAAGUUCAAGAACAAGCCUCGGUACUACAGUUCUACAGUGAUGGAGGUGGACGCCUCUGAUCCAAACGAACCGAAGUAUCAUGUAAAAUUAGAUGAUGGAGAUGAGACGUGGGAUUCUCUGUAUCAUCUCAGACUCUUGCCCAAAGAGGUUCAAGUUGGAGGCGAGGAGAAGCCUCCUGACCAUGUAAAUGCCAGCGGGGCUGGGUACCAUAAAACAGAAGUGUUGCUUUUUGAAAUGGAAGGGUUUGACAUCAAGUUAGAGGGUUUGUUUGGCGGCCAAGUGAUUCCACUGCUGUCUGUUGACGGAUCCAUCCAAGGAGAAGUUAAGAACUGGUCAUCGGCAUUGUCAGUCCAUGCUGGAGUCGGUGUUAUUGGAAACUACUUCAACGAGAGUGUGUCUGAAUGGGAACCUCUUAUUGAGCCGGUGGAGGAUGAACACAGCAAUUAUCGACAUUGGGAAGUUAAUUUUGAUAUUUCAUUAGCAAAUGGUGGAGGUGGAAGCAGCAGUUUGGACGACAAUUCAGAGGCAGCAAUGACUCUGGCAGUUAAAUCAAAGGAUGAAUUACAGCUGACUGUAACAAAAACAUGUCUGGACAUCUUCACUAAACUCGGAGCGGCUUUCAAAGAAGCUGUUGCUCUGGAGGGUACAGGAGUUUUAGCUAUUGAAGACGUUCCGCCCUAUCAGAUAUGGAAUGAGCUUGGAAUGGAAGUCAAGCUUCGUCCAGGAAAACAGCUUAUGGUUGCAAGUGGAGUUGAUCAAGAUGGAAUGGUUACAAUGCUUCCAGGUCAAAGCGUUUCCCUUCGCUUUGCCAAAGGCAUUCACAAAAGAGCCAGCCGAUACGAAAGGGUAAAUAGUACUUCUGGUGGAGGGGGACCUAGUAUCGGUGUAGAGGUGCAAGGCUAUCAUGAGAUGAAACCUGUCUCAAUAAAACAGGCAAGAGUUAUCUUGCAAAAUGUUAUCCCAAAAAAGUUGAUAGAAAGGAUCAUUUUAUUACCAGAAAUGAGCACCAUAAAUGAAAUGGUCCUGAUUACAGAUCUUGAUCCAGAUCAGCUCCUUUCUGAUUUGAUUGUAUCAGUUGUGAUUCAAGUGGAGACUGGAGACGGUCAGAAGAUAGUAACCAUCAGAUCACCCUUACAGGUCAACAACCACUUUCCGAUCCCAAUGGACUUAUUGUGCAAGAAAGAAGAUCAGUUGUCCUGUGUCGCAACGAUUCAGCCUGACGGCGUGUUUAGUGUUCCCCUGAUAUUGGCUCACAAGGCUGCACUCUACCUCAGACCUGCGGGAUUUGGGUAUGGAGCGAGUUCGACACCGCUGCUGUGGAACAAGUUGGCAUCUCAGGGCCAAUCUUCAUUUCAGUGUCCCCCCCCGGGAGGCGAGGGACCACCUUUUCAUAUAGAGGUUGAUUGUGAACAAGUAUCGUACAGUGCAGUUCAUGGAUCUUUAGAGCAUGCACCAAACUUCGUCUUACACAUCUACCCACCGGCUGUUCUACACAACUACUUGCCAUAUAAUAUUCACUAUUGGACACUGGACAUGCCUGUUGUUGAACUUAAAGGUGGCGAAAAUUGGCCUUUGUUUUCUGUCAGUCUUCAUCGAAAAGUCAAUCUUUACAUUAAGACUGGCAGUUAUCAAGGGAGCUUGUGGAGAGGCCAGGUUGAACUUUUCAAGGGAAUGGACGAACUCACACCAUUUACCUUGGAACCAACUGAGGCGGCGGCCUAUGGAAAGCACUUGAGGCUGGGAGUGUUUGCCACAUUUGAUGGUACAAUGAACAUAACCUUGUACAGCCCUUACUGGAUGGUCAACAAAACUGGACUUUAUCUGGAGUACAAGGCUCCUGAUAGCGAGACUGUUAUACCUCAUCCCGUGUCCUUGACCGAGCCAGUCAUGUUUUCUUGCCGAGGAAAGGGAGAGGCCUUCGUUCGUCUAGCUGCAUCUGAUUGGUCUAACAAAUUUUCUCUGGACACGGCGGGCAGCGGUGGAGCUCUGAAAAUCACGAAGGAUGGGAAAUUGUAUGAGAUUGGAAUGCAGACCACCCUAUCCUACUUCAGUUUAACCAAGAUUGUGGAAUUCACACCGUUCAAUUUGAUAAAUAAUCACACAGAGUACCCAGUGUCGCUGACAGACUCAAGGGGGCCAGACGCGACAUGGACUAAAGUUCAACCAGGAGAGUGUAUACCAUUCUGGCCAAAUUCGUGCCCAUCCAAGAACCUGGCUAUCAGGGUUGGGGACAGUGAAGAAUUAUCAUCAAGCUUUAACUUCGAACCCGACAUUACAUUGCUGCUAAGAAUGAACGGAAAGGUUGGGGCUGUGUGUGCCGACAUGCGAACAAAAGAUUCCGCUGCCAUCACAACUAUCACGCCAUAUUUUGCUGGAGCAGCCACUGUCAGGCUAGAGAACUGCACUCAGCUGGAGAUCUGCUAUAAACAGGAAGGUUGCAAAGAACAUUGUUUGCAUGCCAACCAGAGUGUUUUGUUCACAUGGGAUGAACCUACAGCCUCGAGAGAGUUUGUCUGGUGUGUCAAAGGAUCUGAAAACAGAAUCAUCACUAAAUUGUCACAAACGAUGUUUGACAGGUUUGAGCACGAUGGUAAGGCGUUUCACUAUUCAACCUUCCUGGACGGUCUGCAACGAGUUCUCCUUAUCAUUGAUGACUUUACAUUGGCGUACAGAGCUCAAGUGGAACUAAAAGAGCGCCCCUCACUGUGCAUCACUAUGGCACUUCAGGGAGUUGGCAUGUCUCUUGUGAACAAUGAAAAAAGUAUCGAGGUGGCAUACAUCGGGAUUAAACCGAGUGACAUUAUCUGGGAAGAGCAGAAGAAGAAAGGGCGAUGGAAAGCUCUCAAGUUACGCCUCUGCAAUGAAUUAGAAGUAGGUUGGAGUAAAUUGCAGCGGGAUAAGGCCGUAGUAGACACACCGAAUUAUAUAUACAAGAGUGGCGAUUUGGAGGUUGAUUUUCAACAAAUGGAGAUUGUGCGGCCAACACGGCAGCACAUCAGAAGAACAUUUAGUCCAGGGAUUUCAUUGGAGUACACGUCGUCGCCAAAUGAACUCACGCUUUCUACAAAGAUUAAUUCGGUUCAGAUUGACAGCCAAAUCCCAAGUGCCACCUUCCAGACAGUGCUCUUCCCAGUCCCCCCUCCCAAGUCGAUCGCUGCUGAUAGUGAACCAAAGCCGUACAUUGAAUUGAGUUUAGUCACCAAGCAAGAGGAGCACACACACGUCAAUGAAAUCAAGUACUUCAAGGUUCUUAUUCAAGAGAUGGACUUAAAAGUCGAUAUGGCCUUCCUCAUGGCCUUGCUUGGACUGAUUUCGUUUGAUACCACUGACAGAAGCCAAGAGGCCAGCCAGUAUGCUUUGGACAAAAAGCGGGUUCAUGACAAGCUUGGAGAGGCCUUUGCUGUUCAGGCUGCCCUAAGUACUGACAGAAAUUUCUUCGACUUCUUCCAUCUAUCACCAUUGAAGAUUCACGUUAGCUUUUCUCAGCUGGGUGGCGGCGCUGAAGCCGAGAAAGCUCAAGCAGCUAUCGGUGGCAGUUUUGUGAGCUUGUUGCUCAAGAGUGUCGGAGUAGCAGUCACCGAAGUACAAGAUGUAGAAUUCAAGCUUGCAUAUUUCGAAAUAAGGGGCAAAGUUUACACGCAGCAGCAGUUGAUAGACGUCGCUGUCAAGCAUUACUCCAGUCAGGCUUUAAAGCAGAUGUACGUGUUGGUACUGGGGCUUGAUGUAUUGGGAAAUCCGUUUGCCUUGAUUACUGGCCUGAAGGAAGGAGCGAAAGACUUCUUUUACGAACCCUACCAGGGUCUCAUCCAGGGUCCUGGUGAGUUUGCAGAAGGUUUGAUGAUUGGCGCCAAGAGCUUGCUUGGACACACUGUCGGUGGUGCAGCUGGCGCUGUCUCUCGUAUAACCGGAACGCUGGGCAAAGGUAUCGCGGCACUUACAAUGGAUGAUAAAUACAAACAGGAAAGGAGACAGGCGAUGGGAAAGAAACCUGUCAAUGUCAAAGAAGGACUCACAAGGGGUGGGAAGGGACUUUUGGAUGGCGUUCUGGGAGGUGUAACAGGAAUAGUAACCAAACCAAUGGAGGGCGCAAAGUCUGGUGGUACAGCGGGGUUUUUCAAGGGACUGGGGAAGGGCGUGGUUGGUGUGGUGGCGCGUCCUGCGGGAGGUUUGGUUGACUUUGCAAGCAGUACAUUGGAAGGAAUUAAAGGUUCUGCCAGCAGUGGGAGUGGAAUUGGACGAUUAAGACCACCCAGAUGUUUUUACGCUGACAAGGUGAUAAAGCCAUAUAACCGACACGAAGCCGAAGGAAACGCUGUACUGCAGGAAACGAAGAAGACGAGAGCUGUCUUGGCGGACGAUACUUAUUUCUGUCACAGUCGUCUUAAUAUCAAGAAAGUUCUUCUUAUCACAAACAAACACAUCAUAGUUGCCGGUAAAACAGAAGUGUUUGAAGCGUGGCAAAUUGACUGGAUGUGUGGAUUUCAAGAACUAACUGCGGAACCAACAACUGAUGGAGAAAGACUUGUUCUAAAAGUGCUGGAUAAAGCCAAAGCGAAAGGCAUAUUCAAACGGCAGUCAGCCGAUACAAGAGUUUUAACGCCCAGUCCAGAAGUGGCUCAG